GCUCGGACCAUACAGAUGGUGGUUCAGGCUCGUAUCAUUAAAAACCUGCUGUUCAUCAGACAGAGCAGCUCAGACACUCAGACCCUGCACAGUCUGUGUGAGGUAGGACAGAAGGACCAGGAGGGGGCGCUGGUGGCUGCAUUGUCUGACAGCCUCUGGUUGGCCGGCCAGGAGAUCAGUGCCACCGUUACCUUGGUAACCAAAGACUACUGCAUCACACCUCACCUGGACUACAAACUGGACGACUUCACAGAGAGGCUGCAGUUGUUCACAUUUCAUCAGAAAGAAGACGUGAGGAGGUUCAUCCUGGAGCACGUUCAAUGUUUCACAGAGGAGGGCAGUCAUGGAGUCAUUCUGUUCCUCUACAGCCUCAUCUGCUCCCGGGCCGCUGACAGGCUGCAGGAGGACCUGGACUCCACCUGCUCCCACCUGCUCCACCUGAGUCUGGGGAACUUUGUGUGUGGCCAGGCCCUGAUCAACCUGCUCCUGACUGGUCGGGCCCGUCCCAACGUCUUCAAUGGGACUGUGCACCGCGACCACCAGGGACGCCCUCUGGAGCACCCCCUGCUGGGUGUCCUUAGCCGUGGCGAUGUGGGUUACCUGCACUGGAGCCGAGAGCAGACGGAGCACGGCACACUGCCACAGGUGGGCAGUAUGCUGAAGACCCCCCGGUUUCCUGUCUGGCUCGUCAGUGUGAACAGUAGCUGCUCCGUGGUGUUCAGCCUGAAGCGCUCACUGCUCUCUGAUUGGAGGAUGGAACAUCUGUUCAACCUGUACUACUACAACGGACAAAACUCCCAGAAACACACCUGUAAGCUGACUGUAGAUACUCACUCCCACCACUGGGAGGCAGCAUCCACAGAUCAGGACUCUGAGAGGAGGAGUCCCUCUCUGGAGAUGACCAUCAGGACCAAGUGGGGGGGGGCUGCUAUAGACUGGAACGGAACUUUACCUUUCUACUGAACA